GGGGCCCCUGGCGCUUGUUGUCGUCGCGGUCUGGAGCCAGAGGUGUCCGGUCGUCCGCUUCGCUCUGAGGGGAGGUCGGCAGCGGGAGGCCGGUCCGGGGGGCUCGAUCAGUGGGCAGCGCCGUCCCCAGCACCCGGGGACAUGUCGAGGCGGGCGGGGCCGUGGCGGGCCGCUGGGAGGAGGCGGACGGCCACGGCGGCUGAGACGGCUUUGCCGCCGCGCUCGCGUUCCCUGCGGAGAGGGCGCCGCUCGACGGUCUGCAGGCCCUGAAGGAGAAGCGGCCCGCCGGGCGCCACAGCAGGAAGUUUCCGCCGCGGAGCCACACCACUGAAGAUUGUUCUGGCCUCAAGAGACACAGCGAUGAAGCUAUUGGAAAACUCACGUUUUGAAGCGCUAAACUCUCAGCUAACGGUGGAGACAGGAGAUGCGCACAUCAUUGGCAGGAUCGAGAGCUACUCGUGCAAGAUGGCUGGAGACGACAAGCACCUGUUCAAGCAGUUCUGCCAGGAGGGCCAGCCGCACGUCCUCGAGGCCCUGUCUCCCCCUCAGACAACGGGCAUCAGCCCCAGCAGGCUCAGCAAGAGCCAGAGUGGCGACGAGGAGGGACCGCUCAGUGACAAGUGCAGCCGCAAGACUCUCUUCUACCUGAUCGCCACCCUCAACGAGUCCUUCCGUCCAGACUACGACUUCAGCGCUGCCAAGAGUCACGAGUUCAGCCGGGAGCCGAGUCUCAACUGGGUGGUGAAUGCUGUGAACUGCAGCCUCUUCUCUGCCGUGCGAGAGGAUUUCACUGCCCUGAAGCCCCACCUGUGGGAUGCCGUGGACCAGGAGAUCUGCCUAUCAGAGUGUGACAUCUACAGCUACAACCCGGACCUGGACUCGGACCCCUUCGGAGAGGAGGGCAGCCUGUGGUCCUUCAACUACUUUUUCUACAACAAGCGGCUCAAGCGCAUCGUCUUCUUCACCUGCCGCUCCAUCAGUGGCUCCACGUACCCCCGCCCGGAGGCAGGCAACGAGUUGGACAUGGAGCUGAGCGAGGAUGAAACUGAGGAGACUGCCGAGGCUUGUGACCAGGACGGGAGCAGCAUGGAGGAGGACCGGAGGCAAGUGAUCUGCAUGUGAUGGCCCGGGACUGCCCUUCCCUGAGGAUGGCCCUGCCGCUGGAGCCCCCCCCCUGCCGCCCCCAACCUCCUCCUGCCCCAGCUGCCUGCCCUGCGGAUGCUGCGUGACCGGCCGGUGCCUGGGGCUGCCCUCCAGCCAUUCCGUCCCCUUCCGGAGCAGGGCAGGCCCCUCCCUAAGGACUUCCCUCUCCAGCCUUUGACUGAGGAACUCUGUCUGUUGGAGGCCCCGUCAGUGAGAGGGGGAGGGGCAAAACGAGGCCUCUCCUGGGGCUGGUUGGCUCCAGGCCCUGUCCGUCUGUUUCCAGUGGUCCGUUGGGCUGCUCCUUAGCUGCGGCUCGGAGCGCCUUUUUACAUUUCCCGCUUUUGCAACAGAUGCUGAAGGCUGCUGGAGGGAAAGUGGAAGCUGGACUCGUGGGGGGAGGGUUUCCCCCUGUGUGCCCCCCCCCUUAAAAACUUACCUGAGACUUCUGGCCCUGAGCAAGCGGACAGCAGCCUUGCAGAGAGCUGGGCUUGGGUGUGUCGCCCAUGAUGCUUUGCUUCCCCCAAAGCCUGCAGAGUUUAUUUUUAUAUUCUCACCCCUGAGCCUGUGCUCCAUGCCCACCCACCCCCCACCACCCCGCAGACCUGAACUGGCUGGCCUCCUGCCCACCCCUGCUCAGCGGGCCCUUCUGUCCCUCUCCAUUCGCUGACUCUCAGGAGGGGCCUCUCUUUCCUCUGCUGUGUGGUGAGCAGGUGGCCCUUUUCUCGGUCCUGUUCUGGGCUCCGAUUUAGCUCCCUUGCUGGCGGGAGUGGGGAAGGAGAAAAGGCCUUAGGGGGAGAGGGCGGGGGGCCACUUGGCUAAGCUGCGGAAGAGCAAAAGAGGCUCUCCGUUUGCCAGGACCUCUCCGGUACAGCAUCCGCCCACACACACACGUUCCCUUCUCGGAACUGCCCUCCAGGCUGACGCUUCCACCACCAGCAGGCCUGACUGCUUGCCUGACAAAAAAACCCACCUCCCAAGCGGGGGCCUUCUAUUUCGUAGCCCCUGACCUGGGGUGGGGGGUGGCACCAGUCUCUUAGGUAUCCUCCUCCACCUGUACAGCUGGGCUGCCUCGAAAGCGUCGCCCCCGCCAGCAGCUGGUGUUCGGCCUGCCCAGAAAGUUGCUCCGGCCUGUGGCAGGCAGACUCACAGGACCCGGCUGCUUUUUUCCCGCCCCAGCCCUUGGGGAUCCCCCACCGAGGGAGUUCAUGCUGUUCCAUCGCCCGUCCUAGCCAGACGGGUCUUCUGCCAACGAUGCCGCUCCCCCAGAGCUCUGUGCAGCUGCCUUGGACCAUGCGGUCCCAGGUGGAAGAUCCGGUAGCCCAGGAUGUGUGGCGUGCCUUUUGCUGGGGCAUCUGGUAUGUGGACCAGGCAGGGCCGGUGGGUUCUGAGGGGGCCGGUAGGGCCUUGGAGAAGUUGGGCUCCUUUUUCAAACGGCCGAUCAAGCGCUGCACUGAUUCUUUCCACGCCACCUCAUUAUCUGGAUGGCUUCUUGCUUGCGGAAUGGCCUCCUGCCCCAACUGAUUGGCUCCCUUCCAGUCCUUGGCAGCUGAACGAGGGUUCCUCCAGCCGGGGACAAGACUGAGGGCCCCUCCACCUGCCUGGCCUACCUGGGAAUCUCGUGCAGGGGUCCUCCCUGACCUGUGCCUCUCCCUCCCUCUGACCCCUCCCCACACAGGUAGCACAGGACUUGGGCUCCCCCCCCCCCCGUGUGCUUGUUUGCCUCCUUGUUUUAAAGAUGUUGCUUAGCCAUUUACUGUUGCAGCUAUAAAUUUUUUUCUGUGGUUUAAA